CCUCCUCCUCCUUAUUAUUCCACAACACAACCGGCAGACCAAUUCCAAUUCCAAACACCGAGCAAAGGAGUCAACCUGAACUCAGACCCUCUAAAUAGUCAAACCUCGAACGUUGGAAACUUUUUUCCCCCCUUCUGAUCAACGGACUUCUUCGGUCACUACUUUGACCCGAGGCCAGAAUACAACCCGCCGAUGCCGGAGUCCUCCACAUUUCCCGACUCUUGCACGCCUUACCGAUACCACUCAGAUGAGGAGCAUAUGUUAGCGUCGAGUCGUCCUAAGAAACGUACAGGGCGAGUGGUGUUCAAGGAGACAAGGCAUCCGGUGUACAGGGGAGUGCGGCGUCGGAACAACAACAAGUGGGUGUGCGAGCUCCGGGAGCCGGCCAAGCAGUCCCGCAUCUGGCUCGGCACCUACCCCACCGCUGAGAUGGCUGCUCGGGCCCACGACGUUGCCGCCCUGGCUCUCCGUGGCCGCUCUGCCUGCCUUAACUUCGCCGACUCAGCCUGGCUCCUUCCCGUCCCCGCCUCCACUGACCCCGUCGACAUCCGCCGCGCUGCUGCUGAGGCCGCGAACGCCUUCUGCCCCGACAAGCUCGAGGACGCCCCGGGGGAUGGUGCCGGUGCAGGCGAUGAGGAAGAGGAGGCGACCGGGGGCCAAGGGAGCGAGGAAGUUAUUGAUGCUAUCCCAAGCAGUUCCUGGGCGGGCGAUGGGACCUGGGACAUGGAAGGCUGGCUCGAAGGGCCGCUCCUCUCCCCGCCCCACGGCCCCGGCAGCGGCAUCCAAGUAAGGUGGGAGGAGCCCGAGCCCGACAUCGAGGUGUCACUUUGGAGCUUCUCGAUUUGAGAAACCGCGAGAAUGAAAAUGAUCCUGUUAUACAUGUAAUAAUAAAUAGACCCCUCUUGUUGCUGCUAGAGUCGAGUCAAAAACGAAACCUGACCGAACUUAUACUAGAGAAGAAGUGUGUGGCUUAGUUUUGUGAGACGUUAAUGUUAGGCGUUUGGUGAGCUAUAGUUCUCGUCAUUGUACAUUUGGACCCCUUCCAUUAUUCAAAGGGAACAACUGUAAUAGGAUCCAUGAUUUCAGGAUCGAAGUCUCUGGAUAUUAAAGGGGAGGUGACUUUAUAGCUUUCUUGGGAGGGUUUGGAUAUAUAUAAGGUCUUCAUUACAGUAGCUUUGAGAGAGAUGGGUGGGUUUUUUUGUUCACUGUAUCAUCUCUCACUGUACUAGUAAGUAUGAAGAGAUGUUGAUGAUUUGAAGUUAUUUUAAGUUAUUCCAAGUCGGAAUCCGACAAGCUAAUAUAUGAAUCCAACACCAGUAUGGGUCGAUUCACACGA